AUGGAUUUCUCAUUCGACCAAGAAAUGUUGAUGGAAUCUGAGAAUGAUGAUGAUCAGCUUGGAUCAUUAGCUGAGUCCGGAAGUAUUCCUCAGCUCCCCAAGCCUUUAACUGUGUGCAUUGAUCCAAAUGCGGAUAGUUUGCUUUGCACGGUGGUUCAUAAUGAGAAGGAAGCCUACGAAAAUUAUUGUGCAUAUGCACACCAUAUUGGAUUCACUAUGCGAAAGGACCAUGUUGGUUUUUGGCCUAAUUCAAAAAUGAUUAAGACAAAGGAUUUCAUUUGUGGCAAGGUUGGUUUCAAGAAAGAAUUGAAUAACAAUGUUGCGGUGAAGUACAGAAGAGGGGACACAAGGACUGGUUGUCCAGUCAUGAUCCGAUAUGUCGUCGAUGUAGAAGGUAACUGGUCGGUUAAGAAAUUUAUAAAAACUCAUAACCAUCCUUUGGCGGCAGACGGUGACAAACAUCUAUUGCGUUCCAGCAGAAAAAUGGGUGAUGUCAGUGCACAAGUGCUCAAAUCGAUGACAAAAUCAGGGAUCAAAACAAGCGAUGCCUUUAGUUUUCUGGCUACAGAAUUUGGGGGUGUUGAAAAUCUUGAUUACACGAAGAGGGAUGCUUAUAAUUUCAUACAAAGAGAGAGAAAUAGUAUAAUUGAAAAUGGGGACGCUAAUUCUCUACUUAGAUUGUUCACUGAGAGGCAACCAGAGGAUACGAUGUUUGCAUGGGACAUCCAAAUUGAUGAGUCUGGUAGUUUAUUGAAUUUCUUUUGGAGUGAUCAGAUUCUUGUAUGA